AGACUUCAGGUUUGAAGACAUAAGGUCCCUUUUCUACAAGGAGUUCUUGAUGGAUUCAAUGGAUGGACCUGAUAUCAGAAUGGAAAAGGGAUGUCUUUCCAAAAUUUUCCAUUUGAGCCAAAACUUCCGCACUCAUGCUGGUAUACUCAAACUGGCGCAGAGUGUUGUUGAUCUUCUUUACCAUUUUUUCCCCUUAUCCGUUGAUGCUUUAAGCCCUGAAACUAGCUUUAUAUGUGGGGAAGCCCCAAUUUUACUUGAAUCAGAGAAUGAUGAAAAUGCCAUACUAUCAAUUUUUGGCAACUGUGAUUUUAGUGGUAAUUUUGUUGGCUUUGGAGCAGAGCAGGUUAUUUUGGUUCGAGAUGAUCACUCUAGAAGUGAAAUUUCAAACCUCGUGAGAGGGCAAGCGCUAGUUCUGACGAUAGUGGAGUGCAAGGGGUUGGAAUUUCAGGACGUCUUGUUGUACAACUUCUUUGGCACAUCACCUCUGAAAAGUCAAUGGAGGGUCAUUUAUGGAUACAUGAAGGAGCACGCUUUGCUCGAUAACAGCUCUCAAUGGUCUUCCCCAAGUUUUGAUGAUGCGAAGCACAAUAUAUUAUGCUCUGAAUUGAAGCAAUUGUACGUCGCAAUUACUCGGACAAGGCAAAGAUUGUGGAUUUGUGAGAAUGCCUUGGAGUUCUCCAAACCAAUUCUAGACUACUGGAAGAAGAAGUGCCUCAUUCAAGUUAGGUUGGUAGAUCAUGCCCUUGCAGAAGCAAUGCAGGUCAGGAGCACGCCGGAGGAGUGGAAGUUACAAGGUUUUAAGCUCUUACGUGAGGGUAACUACCCAAUGGCAAUAAUGUGCUUUGAACGAGCAAGGUACACAUAUGGGGAGAAAUUAGCUAAGGCCUCUGCUUUCAAAGCAGAUGCAGAUCUCAAGCACAUUUCAAAUCCACAAGAGGCUUCUGACCUUCGAAGGCAGGCUGCUGAGAUCUAUGAAACAAUUGGAAUGGCCGACUCUGCCGCAGAGUGUUUCUACAUGUUGAAGGAAUAUGAGAUGGCAGGUAAAAUAUACAUGGAUAAAUGUGGAGAAUCUGCUUUGGAGAAAGCUGGAGAGUGUUUCUCUCUCGCACGGUGCUACAGUCUUGCAGCGGAGGCAUAUGCAAGGGCAAAUAUUUUCUCAAAGUGCUUGUCCAUUUGUGCUGAAGGAAAACUCUUUGAAAUUGGUCUGCGAUACAUUGAGGAUUGGAAAAGGCAGGGAACUGAGAAGAAGAGUAAAGAAAUAGAGAAAUUGGAACAGGACUUUUUAGAGAGUUGUACCCUACAUUUCUACAACCUCAAAGACUACAGGGCCAUGAUGAAGUAUGUGAAGGCUUUUCAUUGCAUCGAUUCAAUGAGAAACUUGCUCAAGAGGCUUGGAUGCCUCGAUGAACUUAUAAGUCUGGAGGAAGAGUUCGGUAACUUUUUGGAGGCAGCGAAGAUUGUGAGGAUGAAAGGUGACAUCCUUCGUGAGGUUGAUCUACUUGGGAAGAGCGGAAAAAACAGAGAAGCGUCGAUGAAUAUCCUGUGGUACAUACUAUUCUAUUCCCUUUGGGCUCCUGGAAGCAAAGGGUGGCCCUUGAAGCAGUUUGCACAGGAGGAGGAGCUGGUAGCAAAAGCCAAACUUCUCGCAGAGCCUGAGCCUAUUGCCUUCUAUGAAUAUGUUUCUGUAGAAUCAAGCAUUUUGUUAAAUAAACAGAACAGUUUGGCUCAAAUGAAAGAACAAUUGAGUGCUUCCAGUAGAAAUGGAAGUGUCAGAGGUGAAAUACUGUGCGCUCGAAAUAUUCUGGACUUCCAUCUUCGUCAAAAUAACUCCAAUUUUUGUUGGGAUUAUGAUUGGCUUGUUGACCCAGUGAAUUAUUCUGAACAACUGACCUUGGAGAAUCAGAUUUCCGUUGACUCAAUGGUCUGCUUUUGGAAUCUUUGGAGAGAGAAAAUUGUUAGAAUUAUAGAGAGUGUAGGAUGUGUGGAGAUGCCGGUGGGAAAGGAAAAUACGUCGUGUUGGGAGUUCUGUUUGAAUUACUUUGGUGUUCUGGAGCAACAGAACAACAUGCAAAGAACUUAUCACCUUCUAAACCCGGAUUCUGAUUGGGUCAGAAACAUAGAUAAAAGAUCUCUUCACAAAAAAAGGACAAUUGGUUGCUUUGGAUCUUAGACAAUUGGUCUCUGCAGCUCAAAAGUACUGGUAUUCUGAGCUUACUUCUGUUGGUAUGGUGCUCCUGCACAAAUUGGAUGCUCUUUAUCAAUUUUUGGCGAAGAGUUCUCGGUCGAACUUCUGGCAAAGCAGAUGUCUUGCUAUCUUACAUGAGGUUGCCAAGUUCCUUCAAGAACUUUGUCCGAAUCACUCGUUCCAGUAUGGUAAGGCACUGGAUAGAUUCAUUGAAACAUCCAGUGCGAGGUACUUUGGUCGCAUAUUUCCACUUGACUGGAGAAUAUCGUCAUCAGAGAAUAUGGUAUCUCUGAGAGGAAGUGAGGCUUCUCGUAAUUUACUGAGAGAAACAAUGAACAUGAUAAUUUCGAAGAAGCAUUUUUCACACGGGAAGAUGGGUGAGCUUGCGACUUUGGUUCUUGGGUCUGGAAUGCUCGAUGAUGGUUUGUACGGAGAAAUAGCAAAAUCAUUUAAAGGAGAUACGUCAUGGGAGGCAUUCAUGGAAUGCAUUUGUCGGGAUGUACCAUCAGACCUUCCUCAGGCGAGCAAUGGACCCGUGGAAAUCUCUUUGGCUUGGAACCUUUAUCGAGCUUUGGCAGAUGCUUACAAUGCCAAUUGGAGGACUGAAAGGACUACAUCACAC